AUGGAGGAUCAUCACGAGACAAAAUCAAGGUUCAAGAGAAUUUGUGUUUUCUGUGGCAGCAGUUCAGGGAAGAAAGCUAGCUACCAAGAAGCUGCUGUGGAGUUGGGGAAAGAACUGGUGGAGAGAAGGAUUGAUUUGGUCUAUGGAGGUGGCAGCGUGGGUCUGAUGGGUCUUAUUUCUCAGGCUGUUCAUGAUGGUGGGCGCCAUGUUCUAGGAGGCCAUGCAAGUCUCCCUAAUAUCUAUGAAAGGGGGUUCUCAAAAAGCCAGAGGACGACAUCAUGGGAUCAAAUGCUGGCUCCGGAUGAUGAAUCUGUCUCUGCAUUUCUUUUUCUUGGUGAUACUGAAAGGUCAUUUUAUGGACAACAGUUGGUCUUCCGAUCAGAGAAAACAUGA